AUGGCGGUGGACACUUUGGGGCCCAGCAGUCUGCCUGACGGCAUCCAGGAAGUUGUAAUCAACCCAAGUUUGUCUGAGCCUCUGGAUGUGAAGAUUGGCCCUAAGAUCCAGGAGGUGAAACAACAGGAGCGGGAGCAGAUUAAGAAACUCAACAACAGUUUUGCCUCCUUCAUUGGCAAGGUGCGGUUCCUAGAGCAGCAGAACCAGGUGCUAAAAACCAAGUGGGAGCUGCUGCAGCAGCUGGAUGUCAGCACCUAUACCAGCUGCCUGGAGGCCACCUUGGAGGGCUGCACUGGUCACCUCAGGAGGCAGGUGGACAAGGUCAUGGCAGAGAUGACCAGGCAGCAAGCAGAGUUGACAUAUACCCAGGGUUCUGUAGAGGAAUACAGGAAGAAAUACAAAGCAGAAAUCAACAAUAGGACAGAUGCCGAGAACCACCGCAGCCCUGGAAAAGGCGAGAGGCAGCUGGCUUUCGCCCCCAGGGCUCAGAUGUUCCCACUACCUGAGGUCAAGGUGGACCGCAGGGUCAAAGUGCAGGCCCUGCAGCGGGAGAGUGAAUUCCUCCAGGUCUUCUAUGUGGCUGGGCUGGCUCAGGUGCAGCAGACAGUCAGGGACACCAACGUGGUCCUGUCCAUGGACAAUAACUGGCACCUGGACCUGGACAGCAUUCUCUCCGAGGUCAAGGCCCCGUACCAGGAGAUCUCCCAGAGGAGUGAGGCCGAGGUCCUGCACCAGACCAAGAUUAUUCUCAGAGGACAUAUAAGGUCCCAGGAGCUCCGGGUCACUGCCGGGAGAAAGGGUGGUGACCUCAAAGUGACUGAGGUGGAGGUGAGUGAGCUGAACGAAGGCAUUGAGAGACUUCGAGCAGAAAUCGCCAACCUCAAGGACCAGAGUACUGCCCUGUAAGACGUCAUCCUGGAGGCAAAGCAUAAGAGGGAGGCAGCCCUGACAGACGCCCAGGCCAAGGCGGCUGACGUGGAGGCCGCCCUGCAGCCAUCUAAGGAGCACCUGCCCUGGCUGCUGCGUGACCACCAGGAGCUGCUGGGAGCCCAGCUAUCCCUGGACGUGGAGAUUACCACCUACUGCAGGCUGUUGGAGAGCGAGGAGAACAGACUAUCUGGAGAAGUCACCAACAAUAGCCCUUAG